AUGGCAUUCCUCUUCCUCAAACAGAAACUCUUUCCCCAGCAGGAGUCCCAGGUCUCCGGGAAACCACUCCUCGCCCGCAUCGACGACGAUGAUACACUCCGCGGAGACUCGGAUCAGGACAUUGAGUCGGGUCGCUCCUACGCGACCUUCGGACGGUGCACCAGCCACGAUUCUUCCAGCAGCACUGGUGGCAGCAGCGUCAGCACGCGCGCGCGUAUCAACCCACGCAUCGUGUCGGAUGCCAUUCUCGGGCUGUCGGAUGGCCUGACGGUGCCCUUUGCCUUGAGUGCAGGUCUGUCCGCGCUGGGUAACACCAAGGUCGUUGUCCUGGGUGGCCUGGCCGAGCUGGCAGCUGGUGCGAUCUCGAUGGGGCUGGGCGGGUACGUGGGAGCCAAGAGUGAAGCCGAAUCCUACGAUGCCACAGUCCGCGAGACACAAGAAUUAAUUGACAACGACCCGCACCAAACCCGCGCCAUCGUGCACGAUACCUUUGCGCCCUACGGCCUCUCCUCCGCCGCCAUAAACGACAUCACAUCCGACCUGCACGCGUCGAGCGAGCGGCUGCGCGACUUCCUACUGGCCUUCCACCACUGCCAGUCCGCGCCAGCCUGCAACCAAGCCUGGGUCUCGGCGGUGACGCUGGCAAUUGGCUAUUUCGUUGGCGGCUUCAUCCCACUCAUCCCGUACUUCAUCGCCGAGCGUGUCAUCGUCGCGCUGUACUGGAGUAUCGGCGUCAUGGCCGUGACUCUGCUAGCGUUUGGAUAUGCUAAGACUUGCAUUGUGCGCGGCUGGACUGGUCGCGAUAACAUUCUGGCUGGUGUGUGGGGUGGCGUGCAGAUGUGUUUCGUCGGUGGUGUUGCGGCUGGUGCGGCGAUUGGACUGGUUCGUUUGAUAGAUACUGGUGGAGCGCGGUGA